CUGUGCGACCCCCACGCGAGACACAACGCCAACAUAAGAACGCCUCGCGAUAGAGGUUUCUAGUGUUCCGCACGGGUCCACCCCCCGCUCCGGCUCCGGUGGCAGCUCUCGUAUGAAACUCACGAUCCGUGCCACCCCGCCCAAAAAAGUGUCAAAAGCGCGUGGGGUUGGCAAAUUAUCCCCUUGCAAAGUGAACCGGCACGAGUGUUAGAAAACAAAAAGGAAAACAAGAGUGUCCGAAAAAAAAAACAAAUUGCGGUGCUAACGACGCGCCGAAUGACAUCAUCCCCGCGGGGGGCGGGACGUCCAAAAUUGUAAGCAACCACACACCACAUCCGGUCUCGGAGCCGGUGCCACCCGGUCCAAAAUGACCGAUCUGUCGUGCCAGAAUGGUGGCUCGACGAGCAGCAUCUACGACUACCCGGAGCAUCUGAAUCCGUUCUACGAGGACGAGAACCACAAGCGGCUACGCUUCUGGAACCCCAAGCCGGCGGCCCACGGCCGGUCUCAGCGCCGCGGUAGCCUGUCGAGCUUGCGCGACGGACUUCGCGAGCUGUGGCUAUACUCAUCGGUACGCUUCGGCAAGAAGCGCUCAUCGACGCUGGGGAUCAACAAAACGUCCGAGAGUCCACCGCCACUGCGAAGGGAUGCUUACGAGACUGAUACGUACGCGACCAUCGCAAGUAGCAGUGCCGCCGGCUACCGGAACACCGUCAAUGUUGUGCCCGGGCGCGAGACGGUGCGUGAAAGCCAGUCGUACACCACCACCCCGCUAUUUGUGCGUCACUCCCGGUACCGUACUUCGCUUCAAGAUCGCCCAAAGGAGAACGACGGAAUUGGAUUCACGCGAAACGACCAAUACCGCAGCACCAUCCAAAACGGGUUCUCAACGUACAGUACCGGAAUGGUGACAUCUACUCCUCGAAAAAAGAGAGUAGCCCCGGCCCUACCUUACGGCACCACGCCACGUGUACCGCAGCAGCACCACAGCAAUCCGUUCGAUGACGAAAUGGACUACGAAACAGAUACGAUGUCCACGAUCAGCAUGGAUGACAGCGCUUCCUACAGUGAAACCUUGAGAUCGCGCAAAACUGGCACUAAAACACGCACCAAGCGAAGGGCUCCGCCACCGCCGCCCGUCACCGUGUCCCCAUCGUACCAUCCACACGCGAUUGACGUUUCUACGCCGGAGGACACUCAAAACGAGGACCUACGGAAUCUGACGGCCGAGAUUGAAAGUUUCGUCCGGAUAACCACCACGGCCGGCGGUGCUAACGGUUCCAGCAGUGAGUCGCAAACCACCAACGCCACCGUUGUGCAGACAAACGGUGGUCCGUCGAGGUGCGAUUUAAACAAUAAUAAUGCCCAACCGACGGAAAUUCCGACGACCGUGUCGACGAUCGAGAGCGAAUUGGUGGUACAGGAAGCUCAAACAGCUCCAGUUCCUGUUAAUGUUCCUAAGGAAACGAACGUAUCGACAUCGGCAGAUGCGACCGAAACGAUCGUCGUGACAUCAACAGAGAUUACGGGAAACGGUGGCCAAGUGAAGGCAAUAGAACCUGUGCCAUCAGAAGCACCCCAGCGGGCUGCACCUUCUACGGCCGUGAUCAGCAGCAUGGAGAUUGAAACGGUGGUUGAAUCAAAUGCGAACCGUCUAAGCCCAACACCUGUGCCGAGGAAGAAGUCGGAGAAAACGGACAAACCGAUAAAAGCGGAAAUAACAGCAACUGAACCACCAGCCCAACCAACGAAUCCUGUUGCCACGCGCGAAGUUGAGAUCGAUUUUGAACAGCUAGCCCUUCCGGCCACUCCCGUCCCAACGAGACGAUCGAACCGUGAAAGGUACAUGGCGCAGCAGGUUACUAGGGUGGCGGAAAAGCCGGUUGUACCGAAGCCAAUCUUGCCACCGCCGACAGGCGAUGACGACGAAGAGGGCCCGACGACGACGAUCAUUGUGGACAAUUUGCACUACAAACUGAAGGUGGCACCGAUCCACACGGAGAUUGACACAAAGAUCGAGUCCGCCCGGAUGAAGAUCAGCGAAUCGACGGGGAAUAUUACAACGGCCGUAAGCGAAAACGGGACAACCGAGCGGCGACGCUCAGUCCGGGACAUCAUCGAGUCGAUCAACAAGAGUCAGAGCAUGCUGAAGUUCAGCCACGAUCAGUCCAGCAACAGCCUGCACUCCACCCAGUCUACCGACAGUAUGGUACGCAACAUCCGCGAACUGAACGAGCGGGAAAAGGAGAUACAAACCCUGCUGCAUGAUAUAGAUAGCUCGUACGGUGCGGCUGGUUACCCACAGAUCACGCAGGCCGGUACGUCUCAGGACGAGGGAGCGUCCCAGUAUCGGGUGCUCACCAUUCCGACUGGCCGGGGAUCGUACUACGACAAUUUGACGGACGAUAAUCUGAAUGCGAACCUCGAUGACAGGAACAAUGCGUACGGGGCGGCCGGUGGUCGGGUGAAAAAGAGUCCCACCAAAACUCUGACCCUUGGCGAAGCGAACGAAGAUCACCAGUUCCAGGACUGCAUAAACUGGAAUCCUGUACCUAAACCGAGGCGCACUCAUGCGCUGUCGGAGGGCAUACCAACGGUGGGUAGUGAACGGUCGUCCCGGACCGUAACCAACGCGUCAUAGACGGGAAAAUGUACUUGGGAUGCUUCGAUCCGUAGUGUUGGGAGAUUCGCUUUUCUAUUCGCUGUUUCUAGUUUCGAUACCGUUAGGUGUGUGAUUGUGCUUUAGGCUAAAAGUAGAAUAAAAUUCAUGUUUCGUUGUACUCUAUUUAUAG